UUGCUGGACAACAUAGAAAUUAAAAUGAAGGGUACCUGUGUUGGUGGUACUAUACCUAGUCUAUUUGAAGGCAAGAUGUUGUCUUAUAUUAGAUGUAAACAUGUUAAUUAUUGUUCUCAAAAAGAAGAAACAUUUUUUGAUAUCCAGUUAAAUGUUAAAAGUAAAAAAUUAUUAGAUAUUAUAAGUUAUAAGAUAUUAGCUGUUCAAAAAGAAUUUACAACAUUAGACACAUUUAACCCUGCUGCUGGUACUAAAACAUAUCGUAUUGAAGAAAUCCCCAAAGAUGAAGAUGAACUAGCUGAUGAUGAACUUCUUAUUCCAGUGGCACAUUUUCAGAAGGAAAUCUAUUCAACCUUUGGUGUUCCUUUCUUAUUAAAGGUCAAAAAU